CCCAUCGAGUGUUAAGUACCCUAUUAAACAAGACGCGUUCCCCGUCGCGUCACUACUAAAUAUUCUCUUCAUUUUUACGUUGUCUGUCACGAAUCCUUAAACUCCCCCUUCGGGCGAUCCACUUGCCAAUUGGUCUAAUCCGAUCUUAGAGAGGCUACAAACGUAAUAUUCUAUAUUAUUCCACACGAUGACAUCCUCACCACGGCACGAGGAGUACCAAUACCUCGAUCUCGUUCAGGACAUCUUAGAUCACGGAGAGCGUCGACCAGAUCGAACCGGUACCGGGACAUACUCCAUCUUCGCCCCCCAACCGCUCAAGUUCAGCCUCAACGAUAACGGCAAGCCGAUUCUACCGCUAUUAACGACGAAGCGCGUGUUCCUGCGUGCUGUAAUCGCCGAACUUCUAUGGUUUAUCGAGGGAAAUACAUCGUCGACAUCUCUCAGCGCGCAAGACGUCAAGAUAUGGGAUGGCAACGGGUCACGCGAAUUCCUCGACAACCUGGGACUUAAGGAUCGUGAAGUUGGUGAUCUCGGCCCCGUCUACGGUUUCCAAUGGCGCCAUUUCGGCGCUGAGUACGUCGAUGCGCGCACAGACUACACCGGCCAGGGCGUCGACCAACUAGCCGACGUCAUCCAUAAAUUGCGCAAUAAUCCCUACGACCGCCGCAUGAUUCUCUCCGCCUGGAACCCGGCCGAUCUAAAGAAAAUGGUGUUGCCUCCGUGUCACAUGUUCGCGCAGUUCUACGUUUCGUUUCCGAGACAGAAUAGGGACGAGGAGAGCAACGGAGAAGAGAAGCCGAAAGGUCAUCUUCACUGCCAAUUGUACCAGCGGUCCUGCGACAUGGGACUCGGUGUCCCUUUCAACAUUGCGAGCUACGCGCUGCUGACGCAUAUGCUGGCACAUGUCUGCGAUCUAGUCCCCGGUAGUCUAACACACGUUAUGGGCGACGCACACGUGUACAUCGACCACGUCGACGCGUUGAAAGUGCAGCUAGAGCGCGAGCCACGGCCGUUCCCAGAGCUACAGAUCAAACGCGACGGUGGUGGCUCGAUCGAUGGGUGGAAAGUGGAGGAUAUCUCGGUUCUAAAUUACGAGCCUCACAAGACUAUCCCGAUGAAGAUGUCCGUUUAACUACAUACCUAACCUAGCUUAAGACAUAGAAUUAUUUAGAUGCUAGAAAUAGCCUGACUACAUAUUAGAUUUACAGAGGACGGGUACAUAUGUAGUUCGAAUCAAGAUAUGGUACAAUGAUGAAUGUAUUACGUAGGAAUGAUAAGUAUAGGGGGGGUUGAGUUUUCGUUAGAGGCAUAGCCAAGGUACAAUCCACUAGGUAGACUGGUAGACAGUAUGUAUGAUCAAACCCCCUGAGUACGGAUUGUGGAUUCUAGCAACAGUGACUCAGGCACUCAUUACAAUGAGGCAGUCACUGCCUACAUUCACUACCUACAUCUACGCAUAUAUGAAC